CUUCUCUUUUCCUUUCUCCCUUUCCUCUGCCCUCCCCUCCUCUCUUUUCUCUUGACUGGGUCAAUUAGAAAAAGCUGUUAGCCCUGCAGGAGUGGCAUUUAGAGGGGCAAUUCGGGAGGCAGGGUUACAGCUCAAACAAAACACCAACAACUGGGCCCUUUUGUCUAGUUUCAGUCUGGAAGUUGAGUUUCCAGGCCAGUCUAAGCUUGGCCUCCAGCUGGGGUGUUAAGGAGAGCAGCAGAGCAGUCCCCUCACCCCCAAACUCCACCAUUUCCUUCUUGGAGGAGAGCCAAGUCCCAGCCCUGUGACGGGCUUUAGACCCCUCCCACUUUGGACCUAUAAACUCUCUGCUUGGAGAGCGGUUCUGCGCUCACACUGCCCACACUAAGCUGUUGCACACGGAGACAGUCCCAAGGCCGGGAUCCCGUGGGAUCUGGGAAGUGAGCUACAUUGCUGGCCCCUGACUCAGCACCAUGGAACUAGUCCAAGAGAGCCUCCGUGCGCCUCUGGAGUAUGUGAAGGGGGUCCCACUCGUCAAGUACUUUGCAGAAGCAAUGGGGCCAGUGCAGAACUUCCAAGCCUGGCCUGAUGAUGUGCUUGUUAGCACCUACCCCAAAUCUGGCACCACCUGGGUGAGCGAGAUCCUGGACUUGAUCUACCACGGUGGUGAUCUGGAGAAGUGUUGCCAGGACCCCAUCUUCUUCCGGGUGCCCUUCCUUGAGUUCAAGGCCCCAGGGGUUCCCUCAGGUGUUGAGUCCCUGAAGGAUGCACCAGCCCCCCGGAUCAUCAAGACGCACUUGCCCCUGGCCUUGCUCCCCCAGUGUCUGCUGGAUCAGAAGAUCAAGGUGAUCUAUGUCGCCCGCAAUCCGAAGGAUGUUGCCGUCUCCUAUUACCACUUCUACCUCAUGGCCAAAGUGCACCCUGAUCCUGGCACCUGGGACAACUUCCUGGAGAUGUUCAUGGAUGGGGAAGUGUCCUACGGGUCCUGGUACCAGCACGUGCAGGAGUGGUGGGAGCUGAGUCAUACCCACCCUGUUCUCUACCUCUUCUAUGAGGACAUAAAGGAGGACCCCAAAAGGGAGAUUCAGAAGAUCUUGGAGUUUUUGGGGCGCUCCCUGCCCGAGGAGACUGUAGAUCACAUCGUCCAACGUACAUCUUUCAAAGAGAUGAAGAAGAAUCCCAUGACUAACUACACUACUUUGCCCUCUGAAAUCAUGGACCACAACGUUUCUGCCUUCAUGAGGAAAGGCACCCCAGGGGACUGGAAAAACAUCUUCACUGUGGCCCAGAACGAGCGCUUUGACAUUCAGUACGCUGAGAAGAUGGCAGGCUCAAACCUCAACUUCCGUUCACAGCUGUGAGUGGUGUUACUCCAAAGGAAGUGGUGUAAAACAAGGCUGGCGUGGCCUCAAGAAUAAAACAUGGUUUGUGUUAAA